GUCGAAGGUCACACAACGCUAUACAAAGCUGCUGUAAACAUGUCGGGCUAUCAACUUCCAGGAGACUACGGCUAUGUAGCAUUUGUUGUUGCUGGAAGCUGGGGUGUUCUAAAUUAUUUAGGGUUUCGAGUGAUGCAAGCCAGGAAAAAGUAUGAUGUGCAGGUCAGUACAACUACAAGAGUGAUUUUAUGGCGAGUAGAAUUCCAUUUGUUAUUUUUUGCCGAAUCAUCCCCCCGGCCCCGGCCGGUGUCAAGAAUUGUAACUUUGUUGUGUGAUGGAACUUUUUUCGAUAUCAAUAGUAUUAGAUUCAUUGAGCCUGAUAGACUCACAUGUCUAUAAGCUUAUAAUUAUAAUAUAUUUAUUGCCCUAUAUUUUUAUAUUGCCAUACAAAUUAAAAUUAUAUUUUUAUAAUCUAAUAAUACAUAGACAUCACUAUGACAGAUUCAUAUAUCAUAUAUCAUAUAGUCAUAUUAUAUUAAAAGUCUGCUACUCUGACCUAAAAAGUUACAGAUUAACCCUUUGAGACAGAGCCAUUUUUACCUGUCUGUGCCAAGAAGACAGAGACAAUUUCACAAACUUUCACUUGCAAAAAAAAAAGUUAUAGAAAGGAAAAUAAUACUAAUAUUAAUAUACUAAUUGACUAAUUCAAAUAUAAAACUCUGUAAAUUUUGAGAGAGGAAGCCACGAUUUUCUUAAUGUCAGUCAUCUUGGUUGACGCGAUCCAUGAAGUCACGUGAAGUGUCAUCCAAGAUGGCAGCCAAAAAGUAGUGCAAAACAUGUGUUAUUAUAUAGGAAGGGGAGGGAAAAAAAUGUGUUAAUUCAAACCAAAAAAAAUGAAAGGAAAGAAAAAAAUUAAUAGCAUUUUUGAAAAUCUAUCCCUAAACCUAACCUGAACCCUAAACUAAGCAGGGUUUUGACCCUAUCGAAACCAGGCUUUUGACCCUCUUGGAACCAGGCUUUUGACCCUAUCCUGAACUCCCUAACUCGAUCCCUAAACCGUUAGUAAAUCUAACCUGAACCCUAAAUCUACCCCUAAACCUAACCUAAACCCUAAAACUACCCCUAAAGCUGCAAGUAAAACACAUGGAAUUUACACAAAGAAAAGUAGGAAAAUGAACAAAAAAAAAUUAAAAAAUGGCCAAAAAUAAAUUAUAAAAUAAAGAAAUAAUGAAAACCCAACUUACAGUUUCAUGAAAUACACUUUUACACACUUUAUUUCAGGUUCCACCGAAAAUAAUAUCCACAAAAUGAAAAGAGCACAAGACCUGACGUGAGGCCAAAAUCUAGCAAAUGCGGCGGCACGAAUAAAAUAUGAAGCCAACCAAUGAUAAUUUAAAAUUAUAAUUAAUCAACCAAUUAAAAUUUUAAUACAAAACAUGUCAUUAGUGUAUGAAUACUAAUCCAUGACAAAAUAAUUCUCUAAAAAUAAACAAAGGGAUGUGACUCCCACACGUAAACACAGAAAAGACGUAGUGGCAUCCACAACCAGGUUUAGCAAACUCUCUGUAUAUAUAUAUAUAUAUUUUCAAACUCUACUACCCGAAUGAUUCCCACUCCCCUCUUACCGAUAAAUGAUGCUGCUGGGUGCCGUCUAUGGCUUGACAUGUAAAUAGUUCUGGGUUGGGCAGGGUGAAUAAUAUUUUUUUUAAUAAUAUAAAUAUAAUUAAAGACAGCUGUUUUUAGUUGAAUAAUUGUAUGUAACUUUUUAAUGUCAAUAUGUUUACUAAUAUUUUUAUGUGAAGCACUGUGAGCCCAGCCCAAGGCUGGGGUACCGCGCUAUAUAAGAACACUCAGUAACACUUUAAUAAUAAUAAUAUUUUUGUAGAGAAUUGAAUUAACUAAUACGAUCUUAAUGAAUCAAAGUGAAAUUUCAACAUUUAUGAAAAUUAGAUAUCCUGAUUUCGAUAAAUUAUGGAUGCAAUUUUAUGUAAACUUUAUAACAACAUUAAUUGCUUGCAGAAUUUCAUUGUAUUUUCUGAGUGUUAAAGCCUAAAUCAUUCCUAAAAAAAUAUUUAAAUGAGAUGCAAUAUGAAAGUGAAAAACUGCAAAAAAUAUUCCACUUGGGUCGUUAAUGCCUCUUGUCAUAUUUCAAGGUCUCAUAUUUUUUAAGUAUAUUUGGGGAAGCAAGGUAAAUAAAAAUUGAUGUAAAAUAACAGAACACCGUAAACUCACAUAGGAAGCUGUCUUAAAAAUGGCCAGAUGAGCAAGAAAAGAAGAAGUAGUCUUAUUAGCUGGUAGAUCUACAAAGACCAGCCAGUCUAUCUUGAGGCUUUAAUAUGCAUCACCAUUCUUCUUUUUCGCCAUUCGACUAUGGACCUAUAGAUCUGCCCAGCUGUCUGAAGAGGGUUAAAAACAAAAUAUAAUGUAUCAGCAUAGGCUAAGCGGGGCAAAAGACCUGGGGGAGGUGCAAUGUUUCCCUAGACACUUUUAAAAAGUUUAGCACUGUUUUUGCUUAUCUGUUUGCAAUACAAUUGAAAAUCAUUUGUAUACAUCACUUAAUUGUAAAUUGAAUUCUACUUUAAAAUUCUUGAAAGUCUCCAAAUUGAUAUUCAUUGUCGAUGAACGUCAUGGGGAUUACCUUUUUUUUUAAUCUUUUCCACAGACUGGUGGGUGGGGGGCAGCUUUAAAUCUAUUUAUGCACUCAUGUGGUGUGAAGCAAAAAAGGUUGGGAAAUGGUAGGCUAGGCCCUAGUUAUUUCCUUUCUUAUCCACUGAGCCUAAUGAGCCCAGCUGGCAUAAUAUGUGUAAUGCUAGAAAUGUAUGGCAUUUGUUCUAAAAUAUUUUUAAAAAUUUCCUCAUUAUUGGUAUAUGAAUAAACCCUACCAUACUUUCUCUUUUCUUUUACCUCAAAGUGACACUGAAGUGAUUAACCAUCCUACCAAUUUAAGUUACAUUUGUUCUUUUAGACACCCUAUUAUAAUAAUCAGGCAUCAAUUCUGAGGCGGAACAUCAAAUUUAUCGUAAUUAUAAAAGGUAAGUUCAAAUGUGAUAUCAACAUUUGGAGGAGGGUCUUUGGGUUGCCAGCAUCUAUUGUUUGUUGUCAAAACACUCUUUUUUUAAAUAUUAUUUUAAGCCUAUAAAAGACACAAGCUUUUUGGUUUUAGCCAUACAAUGGGCCAUCUAGUUACUGCAAUGUCCACAUUUACUAAAAUAAUUACUAUAGACCUGAAGUCUUAGUGACCAUAGCUAUUGUAUUCAUUUUUUGUUAGUUACGUGAUUUUAUGGCUAAAGCGUUACCUCAAAAAAAAAAAAAAAAGAAAAAAAAAAAAAAAAAAAAAAAAAAACAAAAAAAAAAAAAAAAAAAAAAAAAAAAAAAAAAAAAAAUAAAAAAUAAAAAAAAAUAAAAAAAAAAAAUAUAAAUAAAAAAAAAAAAAUAAAAAAAAAAAAAAAAAAAAAAAAAAAAAAAAAAAAAAAAAAAAAAAAAAAAAAAAGCUGAUUAAAGUUCCAAUAACUUUCAUUGCUAAAUACGUGGGUGAAAUUUCUGUUACUGUUGUAUACAAUUCAAAUGAGAUUUUGUACAUAGGCGUUCAUUGUAUGUUACAUGGUAUGUGAAAUCAACACCUGGGAUCCAACACAACCUACAUCAACAGCAUAUCAAGAUUCCAACUGGGUGCCAUACACAGAUACAGAAGUGGUCAAACAUGUUUAUUUUCAAUUAAUUAUUUUCUAUCUUUCACAGUACCCCAAGUUGUAUAGCGAAACAAGCCAUGAGUUCAACUGCAUUCAGCGGGCUCACCAAAACACGUAUGUAUAGAAAUUACAAGCAUAUUUAAAAUUGAAUGUUAUUUCAAGACAUUUUUCCUUGACUCAAUGACUUGUAAUAAUUUUCUUUUUCUUCACAUAUUUGUUUCCAUUUUUGGUUUUUGAUAAUUGUUUUUUUUUUUGUUUUUUUAAAUUUAGACUCGAGGUUUAUCCUCAGUUUCUUGGAUUUCUUUUGCUUGGAGGGUUGCAGUUGCCAGUAAGUUUGCUUAAAUGUGUAAUUCAUCAGUGUUAGACUCUAAAAAUGACAUAAGAUAAUUUUUCAUUCAACAUUAAUUAAAACUGUGGUACAAUGUUAUUUUUUAGGUUUCUUAAAGGCAUUUUUUUUUAAGAUCCUCGUAAAUUAAUUCUGGUGUGAUCACUUUUAAUAUGUUUAUUAUUUUUAUUUAUCCUAAUUUUGCUUUAAAAAAAACUACCUUUUUUAAUGAUGUAAUAAUUUCAAUUGUAUUUAAUUUAGUCUUAUAACUCUAUAAAUGAAUAGAGAAAUAUAUAUAUAUAUAAUUGUUCUAAUCUACAGAGAUUGAGUGCUGCUUUUGGAGUUGUCUGGCUUCUCAGCAGGAUUGUGUAUGCCCAUGGCUACUAUACAUUUGGUAAUAAAUUUCCCCAGCUGUAAUGUUUUCAUGUGUUUAGCUGCUCCUCCUUUACAACAGUCUGGAUUUUGCUUGUGUAGAAAUCAUCAUAGAUUGCUUUAAAUCUUUUCAGAUCCAGCCAAGAGAAACCGUGGUGCCUUCGGAUACAUUGGGUUUCUUGGCCUGCUUGUCAACACAGUUUUGUUUGGCCUCAACACAACAGGUUUUAUCUAACUUGCUGCCAUGACUUGAAAUCAUCAACUCAUUUUUCUCGUUUUUAUAAAUUUAAAAAAGUUGCCCAUUAUACCAUCAUAAUUAUACUUAUACAGUAGUUUUAUUGAUGAUACUGUAAGUAUAGAUUGAUAGUUUUUUUCUAGCGGAGACCACGUCUUCACUGGAAAAAUAUGUUGAUCAAGCUUGUUGCUGUAAUUUUUUUAAAGCUUGAAAAAUUGUAUUGGGCAGAAUUUUGAGUCAAUUUAUCAUAAAGCAUUUGAUGAAACUUAAUUAAACAAUUCCCUAAAAAAAUGUGUGCAUUGCUUUAAAAUAAAAAGGAAAUGCAAGUCAAUAGUUGAUUUUUUAAAUUUCAUUAAUAUUAUCCACAGCUUUUAAUUUUAAUUGGAAAAAUUCAAAAAUUGAUGUUAAAUUCUAGUUACCUCCCUUUCUUAACAGAGUUUACUUUUUUUGCAAGAAAUUUUUUUUUUACUAUUGCUGUCAAAUAAUUAAGUUGACCCAAUCUUUCCAGUCGUGUUGAUUGUUAAAUUUUACUACAAAUUGUAUUCAUUAAAUUUAAUGGCAUCACUGAAUUGUGUAAUAAUUGUUCACCUUCAUAUACAUUUGCAAACACAUUUUUUCUACUGUAUUUUAUGAAGAGGACAUUAAAAGUAAAUCAAAGUACCGAAAAGAAAGAAAAAUGUGUUGAAAUUGUAUGAAAUAGAUUGGAUAUGAAUGAUGAGGUGUUUUAAGUUUUGAGAAGGAUGUUAACACAGAUGGGUGAACAAGAGAG